GGGAUAAUAGGGAUAAGAUAAUAAAAAAAUAUUACCAAUGCAAAUAUGAUUAAAAGAAAAUAUUAAGAACAAUAUGAAAUAGAUAAAAAUAAGACGCUUAAAGAUCAUUAUAAAACGGAUGUAAUAGCUGAAAGAAAUCUUGACUUUCAUGAUCAAGAAUCACGUGGUUUUAAGCAAUAAUAGAAAAAUAUGUGAACAUAAUAGGUGUAUCGAUCAUUAAAUUCUUCGCUAUAUAUUGAGUGAGUUGUUGAUCAUUAUUCUUCACUUUUACUUAAAAGCUCCCUCUAAAAAAUAUCAGUCGUCACACCUUAAAGAAGCCAACCAAAUGGAGCCAAACGAAGACACAAAGCAACACAUCAACAAUGGCAAAGGGGGUUGGCUCAGCUCCUUCCUAGUCCUUGGAACAAGCAUGGGAUUAGGUAUAGCAUCGGGAGCAUGGGUUUGCAACUUGAUUGUGUUUCUUAUCAGUAUUUUCAAUGUGAAGAACAUUGCUGCUGCCCAAAUUAGCAACAUCAUUAGCGGUUUCGUCAGUCUUUUCCCAUUCGUAACAGCUGUUCUAGCUGAUUCUGCUUUUGGUGCUUUCUCGGUUACACUUGUUUCUAGUAUUGUUUCUUUAUUGGGAGUAUUUAUGUUUACCCUUAUUGUUACUAUCAAGUCCUUGAGGCCACCUCCAUGCCCUCUUCACUCAACUUGUGUACCUCCAACAACCUUCCAGAAUUCUUUUCUCUACAUAACACUUAUACUAGCAUCACUUGGUCUUGGAGGAUCGCGAUUUUUACUUGGAACCAUGGGGGCAGAUCAGCUUGAUAAUCCUAAACAUCAAGCAAGAUUUUUCAAUUGGUUUGUUUUCGUCAUAUAUUUUAGUUGGAUAAUUGGGUACACUCUUCUUAUAUAUAUCCAAACAAGUGUGAGUUGGGCACUUUCCUUCUUCAUUGCUCUUGCUGCGAAUAUGAUUGCUGUUGCCCUCUUCUUGCCUGGAUCACGAAUCUAUCGUAAAAUUCCACCUCAAGGAAGUCCUUUCACUAGCAUAGCAAGGGUUUUUGUUGCCGCCUUCAAAAAUAAGAAAAUGGUUGAUGAUGAUUGUUAUCUUCAUGAAAAUCAGCACUCAAAGUUGUCUUCUUAUGAAAAGCCUAGUAAAAAUCUCGGGUUUUUAAAUCGAGCAGCAUUGAUAAAACAAGGUGACAACGAGACAAGAGAUACCAUAAAAAAGUCAUGGAGCCAAUGCACAGUUGAAGAAGUAGAAGAUCUGAAGAAGCUAAUCAAAAUUAUGCCACUUUGGUCAAGUAGCAUCUUUUUAAGCGUUGCAGUCGGAAUUAUCAUGAGUUUCACAGUGCUUAUGGCAUUAGUCAUGGAUAGAAGUGUUACUUCUUAUUAUAAAAUACCACCAGCAACUUUCGUAGUCGUCACCUUCGUACUCACGGCCAUCACAUCCUCAAUGCUCGAUCGAUACAUACUUCCGACAUACAAGAAACUUACUGGUCGUCAUUUGUCAUUUUUAACAUGUAUCGGAGUUGGACAUGCUUGCAACAUUCUUGCCGUGAUAUCCUUUGCUUUAAUUGAGAGAAGACGACAUAAAUUGAUCGAAGCCUAUCACUUGACGGACCAACAAAAUGCCGUUGCACCACUAUCGGCCUUAUGGCUCAUAAUUCCAUUAGUCAUAACGGGAAUUGGAGAAGGAUUUUCCUUUUCUCCGGAGGUGGCAUUGUACUAUCAAGAAUUUCCGAAGUCACUAAGAAGUACUUCGACAUCUAUGAUAUCGUUACAUAUAGCUGCUGGCUUUUACAUUAGCUCGGCAUUCAUCAAUUUGGUUGGUCGCACAACCUCUUGGUUGCCUAAUGAUAUAAACCAUGGUCGCGUUGAUAAAGCAUGUUGGGUACUUGCAAUUGUAAUAACGGUGAACUUUGCCUACUUCCUUGUAUGUGCUAGAUUGUACAAGUAUAAUAACCCUGAUUCGACGUCAGACAAUAGCAAAACUAUGUCUAAUUGAUUGAGAUAAGGGUUUCGCCUUAAUGUAAUGGCUUGCACUUGAUUGUUGUAAUGUCUCUUCUUCUUCAUCAUUCACUUAACUUUGUCCCUGUCAAUUAA